CCUACUUCUCAAAUACCCUAUUUUUAUUUUUUUAUAAAUAAAUAAACUCAACGUGCUAAACCUAUCACAAACACAUGCAUUAAAAAUAAAUGCACAUUCCAUCUCACUUCCCUUAUAACUUAUAAGUCCGAUUAAACCUUUGUUCCUGUGCAUUUCGGGCUCUUACUCUUCACACCUGUCAAUACUCAACAUGAGUAAACAGAACACCGAGACCAGAAGGAAAGUCAGCAGCAGUGGAUCAUUCCGAUCCAUUUUCAUGCAUGCCGACGCUGCCGACAUGUUUCUGAUGGCUAUUGGUUUCUUAGGUGCCUUCUGCGACGGAAUUGCGACGCCUGCCAAUUUUCUUUUCACCAGCACCAUUAUGAACAGCAUUGGAGACUUCUCUUCUUUAUCCAAAGAUAUCUUCAUUGACAAAAUCAACAAGAAUGCACAAUAUCUUUGUUUCUUAGCUAUUGGGAAAUGGAUUGCCUGUUUUGUUGAGGGGUAUUGUUGGGCAAGAACAGCAGAGAGGCAAGCAUCAAAGUUGAGGUCGAAUUAUUUGAAAGCAGUUUUAAGGCAGGAGGUGGCGUAUUUCGAUUUGAAUGUUACAAGCACAGCAGAGAUCAUUACAAGUGUUUCCAGUGAUAGUCUCAUCAUACAAGAAGUCAUCAGCGAAAAGGUGCCUGUCUUCGUGAUGGUUCUGAUGAGGUUAUCAAGAAAGAUGAGGGAGGAGUACAAUAAGGCUGGUGCGGUGGCGGAACAGGCGAUUUCUUCCGUGAGGACUGUUUAUUCAUUUGUCGGUGAAAAUAAGAGCUUAACAGAGUACUCUGCUGCUCUAGAAGGAAGUGUGAAGUUGGGAAUAAAGCAAGGAUUGGCUAAAGGAAUAGCGAUUGGAAGCAAUGGUGUGUCUUAUAUCGUCUGGUCUUUCUUGUGUUGGUAUGGUAGUAGGCUGGUGAUGUAUGAUGGAGCAAGAGGUGGAACUGUGUAUGCUGUUGGAGCUGUCAUCACCUAUGGUGGAAUAUCCCUCGGAAAUGCAUUAUCGAACCUGAGGUACUUUUCCGAUGCAAUGGCAGCUAGUGAACGUAUAAGGGAAGUGAUAAAAAGAGUUCCGGAGAUUGAUUCAGAUAACAUGGAAGGGGAAAUAUUACAAAAAGUUUCCGGAGAAGUGGAAUUCAAGAAUGUAAAGUUUGCGUACCCAUCAAGACCGGAAUCGAGGUUUUAUGAUCCUCAAGGAGGAGAGAUUUGUGUGGAUGGGUUGAGGAUUAAUAAGCUUCAGUUAAAAUGGUUAAGAUCACAAAUGGGUUUGGUGAGUCAGGAGCCUGCUCUGUUUGCGACCACCAUAAAAGAGAAUAUACUUUUUGGCAAGGAAGAUGCUGCCAUGGAAGAAGUCAUUGAAGCUUCCAAAGCUGCAAAUGCUCAUAACUUCAUCUCUCAGUUGCCUCAGACCUAUGACACUCAGGUGGGAGAAAGAGGAAUCCAGAUGUCGGGUGGGCAAAAACAAAGAAUUGCUAUUGCUCGUGCAAUUAUCAAGUCGCCUCGUAUUCUUCUUUUGGACGAGGCGACAAGCGCAUUAGACUCUGAAUCAGAACGAGUCGUUCAGGACGUACUUGAUCAUGCGUCUGUUGGUCGAACGACAAUAGUCAUAGCUCAUCGCCUUUCUACAAUUAGAAACGCCGACAUGAUAGUGGUGGUCCAGGAUGGCCAGGUGGUCGAGUUUGGCCACCAUGACCACCUCAUUCAACUUGAAAAUGGUUUCUACACAUCCCUCGUUCGCCUCCAAGAAACUAAACAAAAUGAUGAACCAUGUAAUCCUUCCUCUUCCCCAUCCCCAUCAGGACCUUCAUCGGUCUCCUCCACAUAUGAUGUCCACAACACGAGCAACCGUCGAAGGUCAAUUAAUGUGAGCAGCUCAAACUUGAUCAACCAUGGUGGAGAAAACAAAUUUGCUUCACAAAAGGACCAAGUAUUUCCAGUACCUUCUUUCAAGAGGCUUUUAGCAAUGAACAUUCCUGAACUUAGGCAGGCGUUGUGUGGGAGCGUGGGUGCCAUUCUAUUUGGAGCAGUUCAGCCAGUAUAUGGUUUUGGAAUGGGGUCUAUGAUAUCGGUGUAUUUCUUGGUUGAUCACGAUGAGAUUAAACACAGCACAAUGAUUUAUUCAUUGUGGUUUGCGAGUCUAGCAGUUUUCACGAUGACAAUAAACAUCAUUCAACAUUACAAUUUUGCAGCCAUGGGUGAGUACUUGACCAAGAGGGUCCGCGAAAAGAUGUUGUCAAAGAUACUCUCAUUUGAAAUCGGGUGGUUCGAUAAGGAAGAAAAUUCAACCGGAGCCCUCUGUUCCAGACUUGCUAACGAUGCAAAUGUGGUGCGAUCUUUGGUGAGUGAUCGAUGUUCACUUCUAAUUCAAACAUUCUCUGCUGUGACGGUUGCUUUCAUAUUAGGGUUGGUGAUCGCAUGGAGAUUAGCGUUAGUUAUGAUCGCUGUUCAGCCGAUUGUAAUUAUAGGUUUCUAUAGCAAACGAGUUUUGUUAAAAACCAUGUUACAAAAAGCCAUGAAAGCACAGGAAGAAAGUAGCAAGCUCGCAGCCGAAGCGGUCUCGAAUUUGCGCACAGUUACUGCAUUUUCAUCUCAGCCACGAAUCCUGAAGAUGCUCCAAGUAACCCAAAAAGCACCGAUGCGAGAAAGCAUUCGACAAGCAUGCGCCGGUCAUCUUGGCGCCAAAGCGCUUUUCCAGACGUAUUUCAUCUUAGUAAGCACAGGCAAGGUGAUUGCGGAUGCUGGGACCAUGACAAACGACUUAGCCAAAGGGUCUGAUGCGGUGCAGUCUGUGUUUGCAGUUUUAGACCGUCACACAUUGAUAGAACCUGAAGACCCUGAUGGUGAAAUUCCUAAGAUCAUUAUAGGCCACAUAGAGAUACGCGAUGUGGACUUCGCGUAUCCUGCUCGGCCUGAUGUCAUGAUAUUUAAAAGGUUCUCAAUCGAUAUUGAAGCUGGGAAAUCAACUGCAUUGGUGGGACAAAGUGGGUCUGGGAAAUCAACCAUCAUUGGGUUGAUCGAACGUUUGUACGACCCUUUGAAAGGAGUUGUCAAAGUUGAUGGAAGAGAUAUAAGUGAAUCAGAAGUCAUUGAGGCUGCCAAAGCAGCCAAUGCUCAUGAUUUCAUUGCGGUUUUGAAAGACGGAUAUGAUACACGGUGUGGUGAUCGAGGGGUACAACUCUCCGGAGGACAAAAACAACGUGUUGCAAUAGCUCGUGCCAUAUUGAAAAACCCAACGGUUUUGUUACUGGAUGAAGCCACAAGUGUACUAGAUGGUCAAUCGGAGAAAGUAGUUCAGUAUGCAUUGGAGCGAAUGAUGGUGGGGAGGACUAGUGUGGUGGUGGCUCACCGAUUGAGUACCAUAAAAACCUGUAACACGAUUGCGGUUUUGGAGAAAGGGAAGGUUGUCGAAAAAGGUAAUCAUAGUUCGUUGUUAGCGAAAGGGCCCAAUGGAGCUUACUACGGGUUGGUUAAUCUUCAAAAUCCUAAUUUCGGAUAUUGA